AUGGCCCUGGACAUGGACAGCGAGCCGCCCACGCCGACGACCCAGUCCUCCUACUUCUCGGGCUGCAUGGCCUCCCCAGCGUGGCUGCCGCCGGGCGUGCGCCGGAGCCCCGCGCGCUUCCAGCUGCUGGCCCGCGGGGACGACGCCGGCCGCGGCAGCGGCCGGCGCGCGUGGAGAGGGCUGCUCCGGCGGCUGGUGCGGGAGAGCAAAAGCAUCGUCUGCAGCAACGCCUGCAGGGCGCCCGUCGCGGCCACCUUCAAGUACGACGCCGACAGCUACGCCAAGAACUUCGACGACGGACGCUGGCACCGGCCCUGCGCCGCAGCUGCCGCUGGCUGUUGCCCCGCGCCGUCGCCGCUGUCGAGCCGCCGCCCGGUUGAUCAGUCCACAGGAGAGAGCUAG